AAUUCAAUUAAUACAUUGAAGAAGGGAAGGAAAAAAAACAAACAUGCUACUUAGGAAAUUCUUAGCUGCUAUUUUACUAUUUGUAAGAUAUGCCUUUGCCGAUUGUACAUCUUAAGAUUACAUAAAUUCUUUAAGUUAACAAAACUUUCGCGCCUAUUAUGAAUAUUAGUGUCUGUAUGAGUUAAAUAGUACCUCUACAAAAGAGUAUAUUGAAAAAAACUCUAACUUAGCUUUUUUUAAUGGAAAUGAGUAUGAAAAAGGAGAUAUAAUAAAAAAUACUGGUUGUGGAAUAGAAUAUUUUGGUCUUGGUGAUACUAAAAUGAGUUCUAAAAUAUAAAUUUAAUCUAGUUAUAAAAAAAAAGGAUUUAACGAGCUACUAAUAUACAUAAAUUUAGUACUAUAAUUGUUUGGCACAAAUAAAUUUUCUGGAAAUGACAUUUUUGUAAAUUUAACUGAUAACGAUUAAUAAUCCUGUAAUGUUAGACCUUUAAAAUGCAGCGAAUAAAUGUAUUUAAUUUAAUGCAAAUUAGAUGCAUAAUAGUUUAUUGAUUAAGCUUAAAUCAAUUAUACCUUAGAAUUGAAUUAAUUUCCAUAAUUAAAUCUUUACUUAGUGGACUAUACAGCCAUAGCGUAUGCCACUUGUUAAAAUUUAGAUGAUAUGGGAUAUUGUGAUUAUAAUGGUCUUAAAAGUUGUGUGGUAGGUUUUGAAUUGUAAUCUUAAAAUGGAAUAAAUAUUUGCUAAUUUGAUUAAUCAUUAUGUAAUUAGGGAGAAACAGCUUUUAAAAAUAUUUUUGGUUGUCUUAAAUGCCAUUCUAGUUGUUUAUCUUGUGAUGGUGGCGUUGGCUGUAUUUGCAAAUAAAAUUAAUUUCUCAAAUAUUUUAGAUAUAACUCAGAUUAGAUUGUUGGCUGCUUAGACUGUAUCGAAAAUUGUUUAAAAUGUACAAGCUUAUAUAAUUGCGGAUAAUGUAAAAAAGGAUUUUUCUAUGAUUAUUCAUUUAGUAAAUGUAUCUAAUGUAGUUCGGUAAAUUGUGAUUAGUGCUAUGAUUUAAAUACCUGUCUGACAUGCUCAAAAGGGUACUUAAUUGAAAAUGGAUAAUGUGUAUAAAACAGUUAAAUGCAAUAAAUAAAUUCUGGUAAUUAAGUUUCUACUAUUUAAAACAAAGAAUAAACAUAAUUUUAUGAAUUUUCCUUAUUUUGGAUUUUAAUAUAUCAAACCAUUUUUUAAAUCUUUUUUUAAAUUUAUGGAUUCCAUCUUGAUAAAUAACAAACCAUUUUCAACAAAUAAUAACUAAAAAACUAAAAAAACAGAAACACAAAUGAUGGAAAAUUAAAUGUUAGAUAGCUUUCUUAAUUACCAUUAAAUCAAGUCGAAGUUGGAGAUGAAAGAUUUUUAAAAACCAAACAAAAAAGUACAUCUUUAUAAAUAGAAUAAUAAUAACAAUCUCAUUAACAAGAAAACUUGUAAACUAAUUAAGUUGCAACUGAAAAUUAUUUUGAUUAAAUUUAAACUAAAAUCGAUUUGGAAAAGUAGUAUUAACAAACUAACAUCCAAGAAUAAGUAACUAAACUCAAUAUUGAUAAUCAAAGCAAUUUAGUCCUCUAAAGCAAGGAUAGUAAAAUAAAUAUUGAUGUUUUAGGUGGAAACAAUAGGCCAUAAAAUAUUCAAGAAGAAUAAUUAAAUGAGCAACAAGGUUAAUCAAAUCUUGACUAAACUAAAUCUUAUGCUGAUAAAAAUAAUUAAAAAGAGUAGGAGAAUAAAUUUAUGAUGCAGAAUAACCUUUUAAAGUUUCUUUGCUUCCAUAACUUUAUAAGUAUUUUCUUAGUUUUUGACUCAAAAAUACCACGCAUGUAAAGAUCAUCAAUAUUCUACUUAAGAGUUAUUCACGCUUUAUCAAUAUCUAGUAUUUUUGGUUAAUAUUACAGCUCUAGAGAAAUGGUAUUAACUUGCUUUGUGAGCUCAAUAAUUGUAGCUAUAUUUAUACCAAUCGCCAAGCUAAUGUACAGUAUUAAAAGAGUUGGUUAAUACAUUUAUAUAGGAGUGUUUCUUGGUUUAUUAACCUAUUACAUUUAUAUUAUUUCUUUCAUUUUGACUGGUAAAGAGAGUUCAUAUACCAAUUAUAUAAUUGGCUGGUUUUUUAUAAUGCUUAUUUUUGACUUAAUUUUAGUAUCAAGUAUACAAGCAAUGUUCUAAUUGGCUCUAGUUAAUCAUAUGAUCUCAAACAAAUAUCCAAAAAAUUCACUGAUUUAGAUAUUGUUUUACUUUUUAAAACUAUAAGAUGUCCUAGGAAAUAUUAAUUUAUGA